CCUGAGUCCCGCCACCCGCAGGGGCUCCGCGGGGCGCGAGCCGGACGCACCUCAGCCACUCUGCCUUCUUCUUCCUUUUAUUUUUAUUUUUAUUUUUUUUACCGCGGGCUUGUCUGUUUCGCGUUGGUUUCAGGCAGCUACCGGCCGGUGCGCGCGGGAGGCCGCCGGCAGCAGCGGCUCGUCCCCGGAGAAGCCCGCCGGGCGCGUCCCCACGGGGAGGAUGAGCGGCACCAGCGCCAGGUCCAGCCACCUGUCCCAGCCGGUCGUGAAGAGCGUGCUGGUGUACCGCAACGGGGACCCUUUCUUCGCGGGGCGCCGCGUGGUCAUCCACGAGAAGAAAGUGUCCAGCUUCGACGUGUUUCUGAAAGAGGUGACGGGCGGUGUUCAGGCGCCGUUUGGGGCGGUCAGGAACAUCUACACGCCGCGGACCGGCCACCGCAUCCGGAAGCUGGACCAGCUCCAGAGCGGGGGCAACUACGUGGCCGGGGGUCAGGAAGCCUUCAAGAAGCUCAAUUACUUGGACAUAGGAGAAAUGAAGAAGAGACCUAUGGAAGUUAUUAAUACAGAGGUGAAGCCAGUAAUGCACAGCAGGAUCAACGUGUCCGCUCGCUUUAGAAAGCCACUGCAGGAGCCGUGCACGAUCUUUUUGAUUGCAAAUGGAGACCUCAUAAGUCCGGCUUCCCGCCUCCUCAUCCCCAGAAAAACCUUGAAUCAGUGGGAUCAUGUGCUACAGAUGGUCACGGAAAAAAUAACUCUGAGGACUGGAGCUGUCCACAGACUUUACACGUUAGAAGGAAAACCUGUUGAGAGCGGGGCGGAGUUGGAGAAUGGGCAGUUUUAUGUGGCCGUUGGCAGAGAUAAGUUUAAGAAAUUGCCUUACAGUGGAUUACUUUUUGACAAGUCCACAAUGAGAAGGUCCUAUGGUCAGAAAGCUUCUUCACUACCUCCUAUUGUAGGAUCCAGAAAGUCUAAAGGGAGUGGAAAUGAUCGUCAGUCCAAGUCAACAGUUGGAUCCAGUGAUAACACAUCCCCUCAACCCCCAAAGAGGAAAGGGAGAAAAGAAGAAGUGAGUUUGGAAAAACCCAAGAAAGGGAAGCAAAAUGUAAAGUUAAAGAAUCAGCCACAAACGAGUCCAAACAGUGAUGAAGGCGUUUUCAAAGCCGGAGCAGAGAGGUCUGAGACACGGGGAGCAGCAGAAGUCCAAGAAGAUGAAGACACUCAAGUUGAGAUCCCAGUUGACCAGAGACCAGCAGAAAUAGUAGAUGAGGAAGAAGAUGGAGAGAAAGCAAACAAGGAUGCAGAGCAGAAAGAAGACUUUUCGGGAAUGAAUGGUGAAGUUGAAGAAGGAGGAGAUCUGGAGGCUACAGAAGCCUCUGAGGAGGUGGAGGAGGUCCCGGACCACAGGGAGGAGCCUGCAGGUCCCACCCGAGGUAAUGGAGGCACCGAUGAAGAAAAUGGGGAGGAGCUGGAUCAGGUUACUACUGAGCUUCAGGAGGCAGUGGACGAGGAUGUCAAGUCUCAAGGAGCUGGCACUGGACAAAAUGAGGCUGACUUAGACCACCAAAGACCACCAAGACCAGAAGUAAAAAUCACCAGCCCACAGUGAGAAAAUGAGAACAACAAACAAAACAAGGACUAUGUUGUCAUAGCAUAGAUAAUUUUCAAAAAGAAGAGUAUGUUGAUUAUCAGACAAAUGAAGGGUUAUAAUACUUGAAUAAUAAGGGUAUAGUUACUGCGGAACAUAAUGUGACAAUAUGGUUGAAUACUACCUACUGAAUUUUAAGAUUAGAGGCUUAAUGGAAAGACUAGAUAAUUUUGAAUAGCUACUAAAGGAGAGUGACUUCUUUUCAUGGAAUGUAUUUUUAAAAGUCUUUUAGGAAAAUUAAAAGGGUACAGGAGCACUUUCCCCGGAUGACAAUUGGCCACUUGUCUUUAUAAGCGAUGGAAAAGAAUAGGGCCACACCUAUUGGAUCCUCUUCUAUAAAUUUAGAAAUGAGGCUAUUAGAUGGGAGUUUAUCCUAUAGCACUUAUCUAGGAAGGCAGAGAAUUUUAAAGAGAUGGUAAUAGGAAAGCAUGUGCUAUUUUUUUUAAAGCAAUAAACUCUUGCAUAAACAACUGUAGUUUAGUUUCAGAGACUGGCAGUAGAUUGAAAUGUUUCCGUGACUUGUCAACAUUCUUUUCUUUCUUCCUCCUCAUCCCAAAUCCAUCUUACACAAAUUAAAAAGACAGCACAGGGUGUUCACUUUGGAAGGUGGAAGUCUUCAUUCAGGGUAGUGGUGAUUAAUCUUGACAUGACAUUCCCUCAAGCGCUUCAGGUUUUAAUCCUUGUGUCUUUAGUGACACAUUCAGGAAGGAAUUUUACCAUGGGACACCCAGGUUACAUUCACUGAGCCUGGCUGGCUGGUUUGCAAGUUCUGGUAUUCUGUGGAUUUUCAUGGAACUAGUCUGCCCUCACCAGUAAUAUCCAUCUCUUCUCCAUCAUGUUCUUAUGUUAGAAAACUCCGUAUUGGCUAAUCUAAAGAUUGAAUUCCCUAGAGUUUUUUACAAAAAACGAAAAAAAAAAAAAAACUAGACUGCCUAAUAGGAAGAGUUUGUCACUGCUCCAUUUGACUUGCUUUUUUCCUUAUUUCUGUUAGGAUUGGCCUUGUCAUACUUUUGCCCCUGUGGUUAUUAGCAAAUGUUUAUUGUAAUGGCCAGUUAUGUUUAGACUUUCAAGCAGAUUCCUUCCUAAAUAAUUAGAAUCCAUCUGGGAGAAAUUGUUGAAAAAUACUUAAGUUGUCGUAAUGAGACCAGUUCCUUAUUACAAUUCUGUGGGCUAAUUAAAUGAACUCCCAAUGGCCUUGUUAGGUAGAUAUGGGGAAAAAUACGAUUGUAUUAGUUUUUUGAAUUGUCAAGAGAUGAUGCAGAUCUUCCUUAAAUAUAGAAAUAAUAUAUUUUUUCAUAUUAAAAAUAUUUUGUGAUUAUGUAGACGUUAUAAAUUUGAAAUGUAAAAUUCCAGUGCUUUUGUAGAAUUCAUUGUUAAUCCUAAAUUUAAAAGAUUUUCUUCCCCUCCAGGUUUCAUAACCACCCAUUUGGAAUAAAGGUAGCUAUAUCAAGCACUUAAUAAUACUACAGAAAACUAAUGUAUUUUUUCCUAGCAGCUAUUUUAGUAUUUUCUACAAAUAGGAAGCAUAAACAGAGACUAUAAUGUGUAACAGUAUUGGAAAGAGAUUGUGAUAUAAGGGUGUAUUGAUCUGGGAGGAUGAAUUGUCAACGAGGGUUCUAUAUUGUAUAAAAAUCUAGACUGUGCUUUUUACAAGUCAGCUUAUUUUUUCAAAUGGGACAAUAUGAGAUGUAGUAGACUACAAACAACAGUCUCGUGUUGCUAGGGAAAUAAGACUAGCUGUUUUUUUAAUGUUAAAUUCCCAUGCCAUUACUGGGCCUGGGGUUAAUUAUUUUAAAUAGUUUAUAGAAAUCAGGGGUAAAUGCCUGAAAUUAUAACUAAUUCUCAAGAUGAUUCUUUCUCUUUUCUUUCUUUAAUGAGUUUCUCUUUUUUUCCUUUUUAAAAGGAAUCUCUUGAGUUUUUUUUUUUUCCCCUCCUGUUCUUCAUUAUACUAUGAAGCUUAGGUUUUCAGAGCCUUUUUAAGAGUUAUUUCAAUGAAGCCCAAUAUUGUUUUACAUGAAAAACAAAGUAUACAAAUACUUCAAUAUGAUGAGAGGUCAUAGUAACUGUAGCAAAAAAUUUAAAAAUUAGGAUAUAAUUCUUCUCUUGGACCAAUGUGCAUGUUUUACCGCCUGUUGACAAGAUAUAAUUGUGGCCUCCCUUGAGGGCAUGAACAACUAAUCACUCUAUAACACUUUGCAGACAUAUAUUACUAAAAAAAAAAAAAAAAAAAGAAUGAAAUAUGUCGUCUAACCAUGGGAAGACAUCGUUCACAGAAAAUGCAAAGUGUGCCUGUCAUUUUGGAGAUGACGUCAACACAAAGGAGGAAUGCUGAUUCACGUCCCCCAUGUGGAUGUUUUCUCUGUGGGAAUGGUGGUCCCGGUGGCAGGCUAGCUGCAAGGGUUAAGCUGGGCUCAAGGACAGAUCUGGAGAGCAUUUAUGUGAGUGAGCAGAAGAGAUCUGGGUUAGGCUGCAAGUAUUGUUCCUUUCCAAGAGGGAGGAUACUGUGAAAAACCCCUGUAGCUUUGCUGUGCUAGCCAGCGGAAUGCUUUUAGUUUUAAGGAACUCUUUCCUCAAACUUAAUUGGGUUCUAAGACAUUUAUAAACAACUGGUUGCUUAGUUGAAUUGGAACAUUAGAGUUUUGCAGAAAAAGACACAAAUUUUAGCUAGUGUCAUUUUCAUGCUAAAGAUGUUCCAUCUUGCUCCGUAGCCUCCUCUGUUCAUCACCUAGGCAACAUCCACUGAUUUCUAGUUAGUUAUACAAUAUGAUAUUAUGGCCAUAUGAUAACUUUUUACUCACUAUUUUUCUCUAUAGCCAUAGGAUGACUUUCCACUUAAUAAGACAUUUUCCCCUAUGCGUUUUGGGAAAUAUUCAAAUGCCAGGCUCACAGGAAGAGCAUGAUACCCUCAUGUUUUAUUCUGGAGUGUUGGCUCCUGGUAUGGUCUGUAAAGACAGAACCAGCCCCUAGGUAUGUGGCUUGGAGUCUCUUGGAUAUCUCUGAGGGAUAUGGUUGUGAAGCCAUACUAAUGUGAGCUUCUUCAUGCUAACUUUUCCAGCGUAUAGCUCAUAAACCAACAUCCUGGAAGACUUCACUAAAUGACCUAUCUUAUACAUAAGAUGGGAUGAACGUCUGUCUAUUCAAAAUUGUGACCAUAGAACAUCAAGAAGGCUUCUUUAUGUUAUUCACUGACUCUCCUAAAGAAUUAACUCUGUACUUUCAUUUUGAUCAAUAAAGCAGCAAAGCAAAAAUUUUUAAACAGAUUAAUUACUAGAGACAAAGAAACAUCUGAACUGUUGCCAAUCUGAACAGAGAGAAUAAAUAGAUAUUCACUUAUACAUAUCAAAUACUUGUACAGUUGCACUCACACACUUUAAAAUACUGAACAGGCCUCUCCAGGCAUAGCGUUGUUAAUAGAAUAAGGCUCUUCUGAGAGAGGCAAUGUGUAAAACACACAUGGAGAGGAAACACUAAGAAAUGAUAUAGAUCAUGGUGCUUUAAAACUUGUUUCCUGGAGACUUUAAGAAAUUUAAAAUUUCAGAGUAAGAAAGUUACCAGAAUUUUAAUGAAAAAUUUAUUGUAUGGAGGAGUGAUUGCAGAUAGAUAGACAGACAGACAGAUGAUGGAUCAUCUUGUUUUCCUGACCUAAUGACAGAGUCCAGUCCCUUAGUUCAUUGUUACCAGCCCUAAGGACCAUAUGCCUCAGGUGCAGAAUAUUUCAUACCAACAAAGGCUCUGUCCAAAGGUUACCACUGUUCAUGAAUGUGUGUGCAUGAUUUGCAGGAAUGCAUAGAGGACUCUCUUUGGUACCAAAUAGCCAGGUUCACUACAAAUAGAAUAAAAGACUGACUUACUGUUUCACCUCUUUAUCUAUAAUGCUCUGGUUCAGUGCAGAAACUUCAUAGUGUCCCUGAGUGACUCUAAUGUCCUGGAGUGGCACCACUUUCUUGUUUUCUUUGCAUUUUUUUUUAAGGUUAAUCUGUCUGUCUCAGGUGAUGAGUACAUGCAGUUCUUUGUUAUUAAAUAUCAGUCUUGUAAAUGCUCUUAAGAUUCUUGCUUCCCAGAAAUUAUCCUGGUAUGGAAAUGGGUCUGAUUCUUACCAUAUAAAAUUUGUGUAUUUCUUAUCAUGAAUUCUAAGGGACUUGGAGAGAGUGUGAAAGUGCAUUCCAACCUGUUGAUGCAGAGGGAAAUACUGUUUUGGAAAAGGCAGGCAUCCUAUAAAAUACGGGGAAUUAGGAAAGAAUUUUAAAAUGUCUGGAUAACCAUAAAGCAUUUAUAAAAUCAGGAGGUAAGUAAUGGAGCUCUGUUGGCUUAAGCCAACAACAGACUGAGCUUUAAUCUGUGAAUGGGACCAAAUGAAUUCCCUAUAGUUUUAUCAGCUUAAACCACAUAGUCUAAUUGAGUGGCUGAGUUAUGACCACAAAUGUCAUGGCAAGUGGGAAGAGGGAAUGGCCAUAGUCAAUUUCAAAAGAAGUUUGGAAAAAACUUAUUCUGGUUGUUGCUUCACUGCUUCUUUUGUGCCUUAAAUCCUUACCAUGUACAAUGAUUAAGGGUGAUUAUUGAUGUUAUAAGUAAAGGUUUAGUUGAGCUUAUCAUUUUUAUGUGAUUUAUGUUUAGAACUUCUCUUUGUAAGGCAAGUUAUUUGUGCUUUGAUCAAAUUAUGAGCAUUAGCUUUUUUUUAUUUCUGUAUUAGCGCUCACUCUGAAAUAUAAAAGUUUACUGUAUCUUUUGAGUAAAUAGAUACGUGUUUUAUGUAACUAAAA